AUGCCUCAGGAGAUAUCGCAGGGUAUCCGGCUGUCGGGACCUCAAAUUGGGGAGGUACCUCAAGAACAGUCACCUUACGAAGAGACACCCUACAAUGACACGCCACACAAAAACUCGCCGGAAGAACCGUCGCCUUACGAGCAGCCAGACGGAAAACCAUCGUACGGACAGCCUUCAUAUGAGAAGCCUUCUCUCGAAUCGCCAUCAUACGGACGAGACCCGGCCAUCUCAAUCAUGGAAUGGGAAGUCGGCAGCCCUGCCCUGUACGCGGCGCGCUCCGUCAACGACCCAGAUACAUGUCCGAAAGGAACAAGUACGCAUCCCGGCUAG